AGCGAAUUCGCAGACGUUGGCGACAGUUGGAGAGAGGAGGACAGAGUGAGUGAUAAUAUCUGAAUAGAAUAGACUAUAGCUAAGAUAGAGGUACAUUAGAUAGAUAGUUACAUGUAGAUAGGUAGAUUGUUUUUAUUAUUUUUAGAAAAACGUCAGAAAGAGACAACGUUUUUCAAGCAGACUACGAGAAGGCCAGAAGAAAAGCAGCCAAAGCAGAGGUGGAGUCCGAUCUGCAGAGUGAUGUUGACGAUCUGCAGCGGAAUCAACAAUCUAGAAAUAUAGAGAGAGCGGAGCACAGCAGUCGAAGCAGAGCGGCGUUCGGUUCCCAUUCCUCAGAUAUUCUUAAUACACUGCAGAGAAAAAACAGGAAGCAGCUAUGGCCAGCAAUACAGUGGCAAUGCCAGCCCCUGUGUGUCUGAUAGAGAACAGCUCCACUGGACAGCUUCAUGUGAACCAGCAGGCGCUGGAGAUCCUGUCCCAGAUUGACCAGCCGGUGGUGGUGGUGGCUAUCGUGGGCUUGUAUCGCACAGGCAAAUCCUACCUCAUGAACAAGCUGGCUGGGAAGAGAUCGGGAUUCUCCCUGGGGUCAACCAUACAGUCCCACACUAAAGGCAUCUGGAUGUGGUGUGUCCCUCACCCGUGUAAACCCGGCCACACCCUCGUGCUGCUCGAUACGGAGGGGCUGGGAGACGUGGAGAAGGGUGACCAGAAGAAUGACUCCUGGAUCUUCGCUCUGGCUGUCCUGUUGAGCAGCACUCUGGUCUACAACAGUCGUGGCACGAUCGACAACAAUGCUCUUGAAAACCUGCAGUAUGUGACGGAGCUGACUGACUUGAUCAAGGUGAAGUCUCAGGACAGCGCCAGCGAUGAAGAGGACGUUCACUUUGUGCGCUAUUUCCCUCAGUUUAUCUGGGCUGUGCGUGAUUUCACCCUGGAGCUGAAGAUCGAGGGAGUCUGUGUAUCAGCGGAUCAGUAUCUGGAGCAUGCUCUCUCCCUCAAGAAAGGCUUUGGUAAGAAGGUGUCGGACUACAACCUCCCACGGGAGUGCAUUCGCAGAUUCUUCCCCACGCGGAGGUGCUUUGUGUUUGUAGCGCCGACGGCAGGAGAGAACAUGAGCCGCGUCGAGUCAAUGGAGGAGAAUGAGCUGAGUGCUACAUUCUUGCAGGCCGCCAAACAGUUCUGUGAAUACAUCUUCACACAGUCUACUGUCAAGACCAUCAAGGGAGGGCACAAAGUCACCGGGAGAAUGCUGGGUAGCCUGGUCAGCACCUAUGUGGACACCAUCUCGAGCGGGUCAGUGCCCUGCUUGGAUAAUGCGGUGCUUGCCAUGGCUCAGAUUGAGAACAAGGCUGCCGUGCAGCAGGGGCUGGCUGUGUACCAGAAGGGCAUGGAGCAGUCAGUGCAGAUCCCAGUGACGAGGGACAGGAUUUCUGAGCAGCAUGGAAAGUGGGAGAAACAAGCCCUGGAGACCUUCAUGAAGCGGUCCUUCAAGGACGAUGGACAUAUACACCAGAAGACUCUAGCGGAUCAGAUUAUCAGUCAUUACACUGAGCUUGUGAAGCGCAAUGAUGCUGUCUCCAUAGAAACAUGCAACAAAGUGCUUGUGGAUCUGUCAGUCCAGAUGAGUCACAAUCUACAGCAAGGAGUUUACGCAACACCUGGUGGCUACAAGCUGUACUGCGAGGACCGUGAUCAUGUGGUGCAACAAUUCAGAGCCACACCCAACAAGGGAACGAAGGCAGAGGACGUUCUGGACCAAUUUCUAAAACAGAAGAAAAUCGAAGCUGCCUCCAUUCUGCUGGCUGAUCAAAAACUCACAGAAAAUGAGAAGCAAAUAGCCAGAGAGAGGGAGCAUGCACUCCAAAUGGAGCAGCAGAACAAGGCAAUGGAGGAGGAAACCCAUCAGAUGAAGUGCACCUUGGAGGAGGAGCGGAGGAGCCGCGCAGAGAACGAGCGGCAAAUGGAGCUGAAGCUGCAGGAAGAGACAGAGAACGCCCGCAAGGAGUACGAGAACGCGCUGGAGAGCAAGCUGAAAGAGCAGGAGGAGCUGAUGAAGAAGGGCUUUGAGGAGAAGGCAACGAUGCUGCAGGAGGAGAUCAGCCAGCUCAAACAAGAGUCAAAGAUCUGGGUAGAUGUGGCUAAGAUAGGUCUUGAGACAGCUAACAAUGCAUUUAAUAAUUUCUUACAGUACAAAUCUAUGGGGCUUUUACUGAAAAGAUAGUAAAAGUCUUGUACUUUUUAUAGUUGUAAGGAAGUUGUAAGAGGGAUCAUUAUAAACAGAGCUGGUUAAACAGGCUUAUUUGUAAUCUGCCAAGUGUUUAACCUGUAGUACUUUGUAUUUAAUCAUAUCCUGAUGUAACUAUCACUAUUUAAUCAUAGCCUGAUGUAACUAUCACUAUUAUCUGCUGUAUUAUUGAAUUGUGUUUUGUCACACUUGUACUUUGCUUGAACAAAAGUUAUUGUAUUUCUUGCUCUUAUUGUAUUACUUGUAUUGUAACACUUGAAAUGUUUUUGCUUACGAUUGUAAGUCGCCCUGGAUAAGGGUGUCUGCUAAGAAAUAAAUAAAUAAAUAUA